CUCAGAUAGACAACCCUACCUGUGGGGCCUGAUCGCAGCCAUGAGGUUUCGUGCCAGGAUCCUGGACACCGCCUGCCUGAACCACUUCACGCGAGUUGGUAGCAUGAUAGCCAAGCUGGCCAAAAUCUGUACACUCCGCAUUAGCCCCGACAAACUGAACUUCAUCCUCUCAGACAAGCUGGCCAGUGGUGGAGUGAGCAUGUGGUGUGAGCUGGAGCAGGAGAACUUUUUCAGUGAAUUUCAAAUGGAAGGGGUCUCUGCAGAAAACAAUGAGAUUUAUUUAGAACUCACAUCGGAAAACUUAUCUCGAGCCUUGAAAACUGCCCAGAAUGCCAAAGCCUUGAAAAUCAAACUGACUAAUAAGCACUUUCCCUGCCUAACCAUCUCUGUGGAGCUGCAGUUAUCUAUGUCAAACAGUAGUCGCACUGUGACACAUGACAUCCCCGUAAAGAUUAUUCCUAGAAAAUUGUGGAAGGACCUUCAAGAACCCUCGAUCCCAGACUCUGAUGUUAGUAUUUAUUUACCAGUCUUGAAGACUAUGAAGAGUGUUGUGGAAAAAAUGAAAAACAUCAGCAAUCACCUUAUUAUUGAAGCAAACCUAAAUGGAGAGUUGAACUUGAAGAUAGAAACUGAGCUAGUGUGUGUUACCACUCAUUUUAAGGAUCUUGGAAACCCUCCAGAAGCCUCUGCAAACGCCUCUCAAGACAGACACCCGGAGGAGAUGACUGAGGUGCAUGUAGACAUCAAGAAGCUCCUCCAGUUUCUUGCAGGACAGCAAGUGAAUCCUACAAAGGCCUUAUGCAACAUUGUGGCUAACAGGCUUGUUCAUUUCGACUUGCUCCAUGAAGACGUGUCCCUGCAGUACUUCAUCCCAGCCUUGUCCUGACAUCGUGUCUCC